UUUAUUUUUCAGAAAUAUGCGAUGACUCUUGCCGCUGCUGGGCCCGCUCCUGUACUCAUGGUCGCGGGCCAUACGUUCGAAAGCACGGAAAUUCUAAUUCGGGUCUGUGUUACAUCCGUCAAUCAACAACCUCGGUACUCGGGACUUCAUCACACUUUUGCAAAGAAUUGGUGUCAGAAUCAUACCAGGACUGAGAGCAAAAACGUAUUAUUCUACGCAGCCAUCCCGGAAACUGCACGUGCAAGCAUUUUUGGCGGCUCAUGGGCCCCAUCGGCUUCAGGACCAAGUCCUAAAGCUGGAGCAAAUCCAUCGAUCCGUGACUUCGUGGAGAGUCGUGGAGAUUGAUGCUAUGCCACCGAUAGACGCAUUUGGUCCCCAUCGGUCAACAAACGGACACAAGGCCUAUACCGUAAGGGACAAUUUGUCGCCGACUGCAGAAUGGCGGAGUGAAUUCUCCUUCGCCAUUAGAUUACCGGGUGACAUUACACCGACAUUUUGCAGCGCAAUCGCCGCGAGACAAUACGGCUUGGUUAUUCUUCUGAAAGCUACUGGUAUUUACAUCAGAAACAUCGUUCUGGAAGUGCCGAUCCAAGUUGUGUCCGCUCCUGUCCGCUCAUAA